AUGCUCCUAUCAAUACCAUCAAUACCAUCUUCAAGCCCAAUACUCCCAUCUCCAACCUUUGCAAAAUCUGACAAAUUGCCAUCAAAAUUCAACUUUCUCAACCUUUCCAAUACCAUAUCCCUGAUACCAACCUAUGGAAAUGAAUCAAGCAUUGAUUUCAUUGAGAUUGCCAACUCCAAGUCUUUGUCUAGUUUUGUACUGGAAACUUCAGCCCAUUACUGUCCUGAAGUUCCUGCAUUUACUAGAAAAGCCAGUUAUACUGGAGUAACUGGACAAUCAAAUGAUAAUCUUACAACCAGGCUAAACCUUCAGCACCUUUCACCAUUCAAUUCAUACCAACAACCAGGAAUCUUUUUCCAAGGUUCUACUGCUUCUUCUUUGCUAGAAGCAGAAAUUUCCCGUCCAAGCCCAACAGUUACUGCUACUGGUUCCAACGGAGACAUAGAAAGUCCCAUACAAGGACCCGUAAGGGCUACUCCAAAUUUCCAUGGCCCCGGAACCGCAUUAAGCCCGUCAACCUCGAGCUCAAAUGUCAAACAAGCUCGGAAGCCUGAGGAAAAGGUGAAUGGCUCAAUUUUCUUGAAGCGGAAGAAGCCGCAGCCAGAAUUAUACACACGGCCUCCAAAAAGAAUCAGGACACUGCACGGAACUCAAAAUGUUGCCGGCACAGAAGAAAUCAAUGUCGCCGGCCCAUCAGAUGCUGCACACAACGGGUCCUGUUCAAGUUCAAGCACCGGUGCCAGUCUCAAUUUGUUCGUUGAUACUAGCAUCACGGCGGUGCAGAAUCGUGUGAUUGUGCAGAGCCCGGAACAACAGUCGCCAUUUGGAGGAGAAGACGGUAGUUUGUUUUCGGAAACCGAGGCACCGCCAGUAUCGGAUACAGACGUUUCAGAGGACAGCGACGACGACAACGACGACCUAUUUGGAUCGGAUAGGGACCAAAGGGCGAACGAGAGCGACUCGUCUCAGAACUUUGACGAAGAGAAUGUGUUGACGCACAACGAAGAGAAGGGCAAACCACUGACAGUAGCUCCAGUCCCUGCACCUCCCCUUGUUGAUGGAUUCAAGGUAGCCAGAUGGGUCGAAAUCCUCGAACGACUUGCUGCAUUCGCCGCUACCGAAAAUUUGAACCCAAAGUUCGCCCGACAGCUUUACGACAUCCUGCAGCAAAUCAACAUGUACAAGGGUGACACGUACUUUACUCCACAGGUGCUUUUGGAAUCCCGUCUGGCCAAGACACUGAAGCAGUUCCGCCACAGCCCAUAUGAAUUACAGACGAGGAGAAUCGCGAAUGAGGUGACAAAAGCCUGGAGAAAGUUGUGCAACGAAAGUUAG